AUGAUCCAUUUAUUUGACGCGAUUUAUAAUUUCUUUUUAAAAUAUCUCGAUUUUCACCUUCUUUUAUUCAUUCUUCUCUUUUAUCUCGCGAUUUAUCCCUACAUUGAUUACUUUAAAUCUCGUAAAGAUCGUGUUAAUGGUCCUAUUCCAUACCCUUUUUUAGGUCAUCUCAACAUUCUUUUUGGAAAUCUUUCUGAUAAUUUUUAUCAUUUAACUGAUAAAUAUGGUGGUAUUUGUGAAUUAAAAAUGUUUGGUUUUCGCACCGUUUUAGUUGGUGAUCCUACAUUUUUAAAAGAUUUAUUCUCUCCAAGCGUACAUUCUCCUUUUUUACGUAGAAUUCCUUUAUUACCUGGUUUUAAAGAAUUAGGUAUGGAUAAAGAAGGUUUAUUAUUAAAUUUAGAUAUACCAAAAUGGAGACAUAAUCGAAAAUUCUUUCAACAAUCUUUAUCUCCUCCAAGUUUCAUAGAGUUGAGUACUCUAUAUACUCGUGAUUGUUGUGAAGAAAUGAUGACUUAUUGGAAUAAUAUUAAUAAUAAUCAAGUCGUUAGAUUAGAUGAAUGGUAUCGUUCUUUUACUAGUGAUAUGAUGGGUUUAGUUGCUGCUGGUUCUAAAGAAGAAUCUUUAAAAAUUCUUUAUAAAAAAACUGUUGAUAGUAAUGCUAAAUUAUCUUUUGAUUCGGAAUUUGUUGAUUUAAAUAAUUUAAAUAAGUUAAGUAAUGGUGAACAAUAUAGAAGAUUACGUUCUGAUUACGCGGAUGCUAUCGCCUUUUUCGUAUUCCUUCCAAAAUUUGUCUGGAAUUUACCUUGGUUUAGAGAAAAAUGCAAAUAUUUUCGUCAAGUUUUGGUUGCUCUCUCUGAUUUUGAAAUCAAAUUUAUAAAAGAACGUAAAGCUUUGAUUGAAGAACAAAAAUAUAUUAAUACUAUUACUACAAAUAAAAAUAUUAUCAGUCCUAAUUUGAGUGGAACUAAAGUAAGAUCGGAUUUUCUUACUAUGUUACUUACUAUGAACACUGAUUCUAAUCCAUCUCCUGAGGAUAUUAAACAAAAUAUUCGAGAAAUGUUUGGUGCUGGAACUGGUACUACCACUACUUCUCUUUGUUCUAUCGCCUAUCUUUUGGCAAAACAUCCUGAAGUUGAAAAACGCAUGGUCAAUGAAAUAUUAAGUGUCGUUGGUCCAACAAAAAACAUUGGUUCUUAUGAUCUUUCAAAACUCGUAUAUACUGAAGCUGUUAUAUAUGAAGCAAUGCGAUUAUACCCUGUUAUUCCUAUAACAUUCCGAUACACACCUGACGUUUCUACUCAAAUUGAUGGUCAUACUUUUCCACCAAAUACGAUCUUUGGCAUAAAUUUAGGUCAUAUUCAAAGAAAUGAAAAAUAUUUUAAAGAUCCCAACACUUUUAAUCCUGAAAGAUUUUUAGGAAAUUGGAGAGAAACUUUACCACAAUUUGCUUUCUCUCCUUUCGGUCAAGGAAUGAAAUCAUGUCCUGGAAAACAUUUUGCAAUGACUGAAAUAAAAGUUAUUUUAGCUACUAUUUACAGAAAAUAUACUUUUAGAUUAGUUAAUCCAAAAGAACCUUUGCAUUUAAAAUUUACCCUCGUUAAUGAUAUUUCAAAGUUGGAAGUUUUUCUUGAAAAGCGAAAAUUAGAGUAA